GCCUACAACAUCAUCCUUGAGCACGUGCGAAGCGACUCUCCUGCGUGGGCCGUUUUGGGAGAGAAGGUGUGCUUGCAAGCGUGGAAAGUCUUGCGUGGCCUUGGUUCCAAGCGUUUCAACCGAUUGAAAGCACACGCGCAGAAUGGGUUGCCUUCUCCUCCUGUGGACACUCGCUAUUUGAAACGGCCAAAGUCGCGAGAAGUUAACGAAAGCCGUGCCUCAAUAGUAUCUUUCCUAACAGAAGUGUAUCACAGCAUCGCUGAGACUUUGCCAGACUUUCGUGACCAACCCUGUGACAUUGACGCCCCGAACAUCAUCUCUGUUGUUGCUGGUGACGAACACCUUGACCCCUACGCUGAACAUUUAGAGAAGGAUCAUGCAGCAACCUUUGGAGAACCUAGUGCCAAUGUGGAGCCCAACGUCACAAGUCCGAAGAAGAAGCGUAAGAUGCACAAGUCCGUGGCGAUUAACCCUGCCCGACAAUCUGGGUGUGAAACGCAUGAAGAGAAGUGGCUGCCCCCGGGGCAAAUGAAGGACUAUUGGCGCCUAUACAAGAAAAAAUGUGGCGACGGGCCAGUGGCACAUUUCGCAACGUUCUGGCGGGUGUGGCUCAGUGAAUUUUCCUUCUUGAAGUUCAGACAAAUGCGGCAACACCCGGAAUGCUCUACUUGCGUACGACACAAAUGCCUGAUCCGUGGGCUUGGCCACCAUAUUCACGCGCGUGUCAAACAGGAGGAGAUGUACCAAGAGCGUCUUCACGCGCAAUACUUGGAUCGCAUCCAGUACUGGUCAACACGUGGUUUGUCACGUUCUUGUUCUGGAGAACUAUGUGUCAUCCUUGAUGGCAUGGAUCAGGGAAAAUUUGCAUUUCCAAGACAUCCAUCUAUGCACAGCAAAGAGUUUGCUGGGUUCACGAGACCACGCGCACACGUGAUCGGCGCAAUUGUUCAUGGCAGAUCCAUCAUCUACGCGAUAACUGAGCCAGACUUGCCGAAGAACGCAACGACGCACAUAGAGUUUUUGGCCUACAUACUCACACUAGUAUCGGAACAAGAGGAUUUGGCCACACUCGCAUUGAGACUCCAAUGCGACAAUACAUCUAGGGAAUGCAAGAAUAAUAUUAUGCUUGCAUUCCUAAUUUCCAUGGUGUCCAAAGGAGUAUUGCGGGAAGCUUCAAUAUCAUCACUCCGCUCCGGACAUUCCCAUGAAGACAUCGAUCAGGGAUUUGGUCGAUUGGCAAAGUAUAUGACCACACAUGGACGCAAUUGCCUGACACCAAAUGACUUUGUAGGAGUCAUUCAGAAGUUCCUCAGCCAGGCGCACUACCCCUUCGAAGCAGGCAGACAAGCUGUGAAGAUCGAUCAAACGAGAGACUGGCUGUUUGGUUGGUGUUCAGUAGCUUUGCUAUUUCUUUUUGUUAGUUGA